AUGGAUAAACCUUACGAAGAAGCAUAUCAACUCAUUGAAAACAUGGCACAAAAUCACAUCCAAUGGGGAGGUGAGCGAAUACCUACAGAGAAACCACCACUAAAGAGAGGAAUGUAUGAAGUUAAUGGCAUAGACCAUGUGAAAGCUAAAGUGGAUUCACUUGCCCAAAAGACUGGAAGUUUGACCGUAACUCCAACAGCUAGCGUAGCUGUUGUGACACCUAACUACGAAUUAUGUGGAACACCUGGGAACAACACUGUUGAAUGUCAUUUAUUGGCUGCCUUGUAUCAUGAAUCUGGAAAAGAAGCGAAAAAAGUAGAAAAUGAUGAUCAACAAGAUGAAUCAACUGACAAUAUGAAGAGAGACAAAAACAAAGAGGUCUUAGAUGAAGAAAGACCACAUGUGCCUCCACCAUCAUAUAAACCACCUAUCCCUUAUCCUCAACGACUUGCUAAGUCUAAAAACGGAGGGCAAUUUAAGAAAUUUGUAGAUCUUCUGAAACAGUUGAAUAUCACAAUCCCUUUCACAGAAGUCGUCACACAAAUUCCUUUGUAUGCUAAAUUCCUUAAAGAAAUUAUUUCCAACAAUAAAAAGCUUGAGGAUAAUGAAAUCGUGACGCUCACCACUGAGUGUUGCGCUAUAAUUCAAAAUAACAUGCCUCCAAAGCUAAAAGAUUCAGGUAUGUUAGAAAAUGUUCUCGUUCAAAUAGGUCAAUUCUACAUCCCUAUCAGCUUUAUAAUUAUGGACAUAAAGGAGGAUUCCAACAUUCUAAUCAUUUUAGGAAGACCCUUUUUGGCCACAGCUGGCGCUAUUAUAGAUGUGAAGAAAGGAAAGCUAACCUUUGAGGUUGGUGAACAGAAAGUUGAAUUUAUUCUUUCACAAUUCCUAAAGGCAUCGACUAUAGAUGACUCUUGUUGUUCCUUAUACAUCAUCGACGAAUAUAUAAGAGAAAUGGAAUUGAAACCACCUAAGUAUAUUGAAAUACUAAAGAUUCUAGUGCCUCCUAUACUUGAAUAUGAUUAA